UUGAAUCAAGUUAUAAUCUCUCUCUCUCUCUUUAAUCUUUGGUUAAAUUCUUAUUUCGAAUUUUUCAAUGUCAAUAACGUGUCGGCAAUUUUUAUUUACGUUUUCUUCUUUGUAAAAAGUUUAUUUGUAUUUGUAUUUAUAAUCAGUAAUAUUAGCUAAAUAACGAAUAUACAUAUUGGGAAUAUAACGGUCCGUUCAGCUCAGUCAGAAAUUCCAAACUUGAAGAGUUUAUUCGGUUAAUACCGUGUGUUCUGAACUUUGCAUUUAAAUUUGAAUCUAUUAGUGAAAAAAGCUAUUUUUUGGUCUUUCAUUCAGUAAUUAGUUUUGUUAGUUUCUAGAACUUAGUUGCCUUUAUAUUUAAUUCUUAAACUAUAAUUAUAGGUUACAUUUCAAAUUUGAAAACAUGGUUAUUAAAAACACAUUUAAUUAAAUCUUUGCAUUUUCUUUAUUUAAUUUAUUUUUCUAUAGAAUGGCUCAUCACAAACUAUUAGUCUUUUGCGGUCCAUCUGGGUCAGGCAAGAGUACACUUGUUAAUAAAAUGAUGCUCGAAUAUCCUGACAAAUUUGGCUUCAGUGUUAGCCACACUACCAGAAAUCCACGUCCAGGUGAACUUAAUGGUAAACAUUAUUACUUUACCACCAAAGAAGCAAUACAACAGUCUAUUGAUGAUGGAAAUUUUAUAGAAACAGCAGUAUUUAGUGGUAACAUUUAUGGUACAAGUAAAGCUGCUGUUGAAGAUGUUAUACAUCGAGGAAAAGUAUGUGUCUUAGAUAUUGAUGUCCAAGGAGUAAAGCAAAUUAAAAAGAGUUCAUAUAAGCCAUGGUAUGUGUUUGUUGCCCCUCCCAGUUUAGAGGAACUUGAAAAUCGCUUACGUGGAAGAAACACUGAGAAUGAAGAAAGUCUUCAGCAGAGACUUACAGUUGCCAAUGAAGAACUUGUUUAUGGAAAUACACCUGGUAAUUUUGACCUGAUUAUCAUCAACAAUGACUUAAAUCAUGCUUACAAUGCUUUAAAAGGAUUUCUAGUACAGAAUGUACUAAAAAAUUUUAUUAAUGGAAAUUAGGAUGUGUUUCUGACAGCAUUUUAAACUAGUCUCUUAGAAGAGAAGCACGAGCAUGUUAUGCCAAAUACAUUCCUUUUAUUUCUUUGUUAAUAAAAAAUCAAAUUAGAUUUGUUUGAAGGAAUUGUUGAGUCAGUGUUUGUGCUGAAGCUGCUGCAAACUAGAAAAUAUCCCGAGGAUAUACAUAUACAUAUUUAUAUGUUAUAUAUGAAUGCAAUUUAUCUUGCCUGUGAUCAGAUUAAUAAUUUAAAAUACUAAACUAAUAUAUUUUUUAAAUGUAUUAUAAAAACUAGCUGAUUCUGCUGCAUCCAGUAUUAAAAAAUUAUAAUAAUAUCUCUUUUUUAUCCAUAUUUUAACUUGUCAUUAGCACAUAGGUAACAAAAAUGCUUCAUAUAAAUACUUAGCCUUAUAGUUACUGACAACAAUAUGUUUGAAACAAUUUCUUAUAUUCGGAAUAUUUUACAAACAUUAGUCAAGUGGACCCAACAGUUCCAAAAACCCAACCUUUCUAGAAGCAAUAACUGGAAUUAUUUAUGUUAAUAUCAUUUCAAAGAUACAGCAUUUAUCAGAUAACUAACUUGUUAACAUUGUUAUACAUUCACUAAUUUAUGGCCAGAAUAUUAUGAGAUGCUCAUUUAAUGACUCUUUCAAUUAAUUUGCAAUUGUUUUCUAUGUGCUUGGUAACUGUAAAUGUCUGUCCACCCAUAUUUGGAAAUGUUUUUGACAGUCAUUUGAGAGUAUUGCUUGUUCAUUAAAAUAAAUUUUCAUAUGGUAUCUAUACUUUUAGUUUAAAAAAAGGGAAAACUAUUUAGUUCGUUAUCACAUUGAAUAAUGCAUUUUAUGUUAUAUAAUAUAGUGUUUAUAGUUUUUAAUAUUAGCAAUAAUUAAAUGCCAAGUGGUCAAAAGAGAGGUAAUUUAUAUAGUAAAUUUAUAAACUUUUAUAAUACAUAUUUGCAUUUUAAUACUAUAUAGAACAAUUUUUACAAAGCUGUAUUGAUUGAUUGACAACAGGUUAUUUAAGUUUCUUUUUAACUAUAUUUGAUAAACUGGCAUUUAUUCACAUAUGGAUAUGUGACUUCUUUAAGAAAUAUAUUAUUAAUCGCGCUUGCGUGGCUACUAUCUUAUGUAGGAUUUAGGACUGUGUUCACUAGUUGUAUGUAAUUAGUAUCUAUGUGUAAUGAUAAUCAAUAAUAUACUAAAGGUAAAAAGUAUCCAAAGAUGGACAGUUUCAAUUGCCUACGAUAAGCAACCAAUUUAGACUAAUAAUUCCUAAUAUAUACAAUUUAUAUUUUAUUAAUUUCCGCCUCUCACGUGACCCAUUACCAAAUAAAAUAUCAUAUACAGAAGCAUUAUGACAGCUUAUUCAGUCAAUAGGUAUCCGACUUCGAGUGUAUUUAUUCAGACAUUUUGUAAUAAAUAUUCAUCACAGAUUUUUUCAUUUAACAUAAGCAAUAUUUUUCGGAACAAAUUUCUUUGUGCUCUCUUCAAGCUAUAGGUACUAUAUAUAUAUAUAGAAUUUAGUAGGUAACUAGAUGGUUAGUUUUAAGUAUAUUUUCGUAUUAUUGUCAUGUCCUGAUUAUACAAAUUCAAUAAGACAAAUGAAAUUAUAGGAAGUGUAUUUAUCUGUGUAUAAGUGUAUUUAUCUAUUACCUUAGACAAUAUAUUUCAGAUAUAUUAAAAAAUAUAAACCAUCGAAAUUAUUAACUAUAUAAAUCAUAUACAGAAUAUUCUUAAUAGCUUAUAAUAAAUAUAGACAUCACACACUAUGUUUAUUUGGGAAAAAUAUAUUAAUCUUCGUUUUUUUGUUUAUUUCAUUGUAGAAUAAUUGGGGCAAAACAUUUUAACAUCCGCUGUAUACGCUUUAUGCAGCAAUUGACAAAAUGUUAAACCCAAAUUAUACAAUUGUCCAGGGUCGGAUACAGGAAUAUAUUUUAGAGGGGGCCUAAAUAAAAAGUAAUGUAGAUUAUGCUUUUUAGGGCGCCAUUUUUAACCCAAAAGCCUAAUACCUAUUUACACCAAUUUAUAGAUUAUAGGGAAGGGGGCCUUGGCCCCGUGGCCACCCUUCUGUAUCCGCCACUGCAAUUGUCCAAAUUAUAUCAAAUAAAACAUUUUGAUAACCGCUGUAUAAGCUUUAUAAGGCAUUCAAAAUGUAACUCCCAAAUUAUUUCAAAUAAAAAUAUAUAAUUAAUUAAAUUAAACAUAAUUAAUUAAAAUGUUUGACAAAUGUUAUUUAAUUCUUAUAUGUUAAUCAUAAAUAAUUUUUAAUACCUGUAUCUACCUAGGCACAGAAAAAUAUUUUCCUUUUUUAACAUUUUUUACCAAACACUUAUUAGCCCUAGAUCAUAUAUUAUGUACUAUAUAGGUAUUCACAAAUUUAGUUUUUAAGUCGCGUUAUCUCAGAUAUAUAUGUACAUAUUAUUAAAUUAAUUUAGCGUAUACAUUUUUUAUAUUUAUUUAUUAAACUUUAUUAAGUACGUGGAAUAAUUUUGCCUUGUACUACAGGCCAAUAAAAUUGGUUCAUCAAUGGAUAUAAUUUCGUUUAUCCUGCUUAAUUUUUAAUAUCUAGUUUUGAGUUGUUGAUUUUUUUAUGCCUUAUAAGCGUAUGUAUAUUAGGGGUAUUAUAUAUCAAUUUUAAGCAAUAUUGCUUUUUUAUUAGUAGUAAUAGGGUAAGUUAAAAUGUAGAA